UGGGCGGUGGCCCGUUCAUGUUUACCGGCCAGUCAGCUGUUCGGUGACAAUCGAUCGCGAGCCACGUGCCAGUGCAGAUGGAUUGCCCGAGGUGACCGCGGCAACCGCUAACUGUGUAGGGUAGAGGCACGGAUGCGGUGGAGCGGGGGCCCGCUCCGGCCCGCAUGAGGCGCGCCGGCUGAGCGCGGUGCAUGUACGCGGCGGCGGGCGGCGCGUCGCUCGCGGGCCGUAAGGCGCGCCAACACGGCCGGCAGCCCGUGCCGCCGAGUCCCGGCCACAGCCCCGUCCACCCCGCGCCGACCGGCGUCCGCGCAUACUCCUGCCAGCACUGGGAGUCCCGCCUCCUCGCCCCCCCGCGGCCCCCUUCUCUCUCCGAGCCGCAAUCGCCAUGCGAUGUCGUCGAGGCUAGCAUGACACAAGUGAGACUAUGCGUUCGACGUCACGUUCGCGUUCCCGGUUUAACGUUUCGUGGUGCAGGAACAGUAUACGAUGCGCGUCGGGAGAGUGUCAGAUCGUGCAGUGAACCAAGCGGGCCGGCCAUGAGACAGGAACGCUUGUGCGAGAAGGUUCGGUGGCAGGUGUCGAAGAAUCAGAGACUGCGCCUCGACGAACGGAACGAGACAUAGCACGCCAGUCGACUCGCCAAAUCCCGUUCGCUUCCAAUAGUUUUUCUCGCACAUAUCACUAUAAGGCAUCUAUCGAUUCGAUUAGCUGUAAAAUUCAAUUAGUGAUUAAUGUAAUAUAGCCUUUUCUCGUGCCUACAACUCGAUUCUAAACGAACUAUAUACUGUGAUCUAUAGUGAGCGAAUAGUUAGUUACGCUAGUGUAUAGUGCGAGCGACCGGCGACUUGGACCGCGGUAAACACGGCCUCUAAGCUGGCAAGUAUGCAGGCAGCUCUUAUGAUAAGAGCCAAAUCGCGGGAGAGAAGAAAACAGCGCCUGAAGCGAGGACUGAAGUAUGAACUGCCAAGUAAUGUUGCCACAAAGGCGAUCGCGCCCUUCCCUCGGUAUCCGCCGACGUCGUGGUGCGCAGCGGGACGCGCGGCGUGGCAGGAGGCGGCGGCGCUGUCUAUCGGCGGCGGCGCGGCGGGCGCGGGCGGCGCGGCGCGGCGCUGCUCGGUGCUGGGCGACCACCCCGGCGCGAGACGGGACCCGCGCGCCAAGUGGCAUCGCACCAACCGGGUGCGGGACGCCUCAUACGGUUCAUCAUCGGAGUCGGAGGAGGACGGCGCGGACGGAUGGGGCGUGGCGCGGCUGCUGUACGCCGGCCUGGUCACGCUCGCGGUCGGCCUCGUCGUGUACUUCGUCGGCACUGGAGACAAGGGAUUCAAAACACCAGCGCUGCGGCUGGUGGGCCCGUCACUCAUCGUGGCCGGCCUCGCCUGCUGCCUGCUCCGUAUCAUGUUCUGCAUCUUCGCCAAGCCAUGCUGCCGGCGACGGACCAACCACAAGGAGAACAGAAGACUGUCCGGGUGCGCGGAGGGCGAGGAGCUGCCGCUGGCGGGUCGCGGGCCGGCGCAGUGCUCCCCCGCGCGCCGCCUCGACUCCUCCUGCGACGUGUCCAGCCUGUCCAGCGGCGAGGAGGACGAGCGCUUGCGCCGGUACCGCACCGCCGCACCGCAUCCGCAACCGCAACCGCAGCCACAGCCGCAGCCGCACUCGGUUCUCGUGCAACCGGCGAUCUCCCAAAAGCCGUCAUCGUCGGGCCUGCGGCAGGAGGGGCGGCGCCCCCCGCCUCGCACCGUGUCCUUCGCGGGCCCCGGCGAGCUGCUCCUCAGUCCGGCGCAGCUGCGCUCCUAACACACACCCGGCCGCAAUACUGUACUGUGAAGUGAAGUGGCAGUGUCUAGUUUGUAGUUGAGUGUACUAGUCCCAUCCGUCUGCGAUCGGUGCGGUUCUUUGGCAGAAAUACGUGUUCUUCUUUAAAACGGCCUCCGAUAGCCAGUGUUAGUAAUUUGAUGAGGUGAAAAAAUAUGUUGGCAGUGGUAGUGUUGACAGUUUAAAGUUGACAAAUAUCUGUGUUGACAGAUAUCCGUGUUGACAGUUAGGUCACAGUACACAUAUUAACUUGGAAAGGGAUCGUCACCGUAUCGCUUCGAGCCGUUC